UGAAAGAAGCGGAGCAGUCGUACUCGGGAAGGGAGUGGGCACCCGUGGCAACCGCACUUUGGAGCAGUCAGUCUUGUGCCAUCCCGCAGCGAAACAUGGAUGAACUGCUACUUACGGAGGAUCUGACGAUGCCGCUGUAAGAAUGCGUCCACCGCACACCUCCCGCUCUUUUUUUCUUUUUAUUGUCCUCUGUAGUGCUUGGAGGACGCUGGCGAAAUCACUGCCGACCCCAGGACCAGUUGAGGUGCUGAUUAAAGUCCAGGUAUUUGACAACAGCGACCUGUCACCAUUAAAGGAAUCCACAGUUCAGGUGUGUGGAAACCAGACGGUCUUAGCAUCCAGCCUUGCAGGAGGAGAUGGGAUUGUCACAGUUACGUUCCUGUACCGGCCAGGAACAUGGGUCAUCGUCACGGCAUCAAAGCACAGAUUUGUCACAAACUCAGCACCCUGGCAAGCCAGUCGCAUCCCACUAUACGCCUCCGUAAGUCUGUACUUACUUCCCCAGAGACCAGCCACUCUCUUGCUGUAUGACAAUGUGGUGCAGUUACUGUUGGGUUCUCCAGGAUCCCGGAGACAGCCAUGGGUACAGCUUCAGAGGAGAGCCAUCCGACCACCCCUAAACAGCUCCCAAAUCACCCUCUCUGCAAGGCUCACCUCUUCCCGUAGUCAGUAUGAGCUUGGGGGCUUUCCUUACCCCCUUGCCUUGGAGAACAACUCUACAGGAACCAACAGUAGCUGGGUGGAGCUAACUGCUCUAGCUGCAAUGUGUGCUCAGCUCACUGGGCCCAACGGCACUGAGGUCCAGGUGUCAGAACCCAUUCACAUCUCCAUCCCCCUUCCUUCUGACUCACCUCUCAAGACUGCCACCAGUGUCCCAGUAUGGAGGUUCGAGGACAGGACAGGUCUAUGGGUCAGAAGUGGUGCUGGAUACAUUAAAAAAGAGGGCACUCAGAUGACAUGGAGUUUUGUGGCUCCAAAUUUAGGAUACUGGCUUGCAGCAUUUCCCUCAACCUCAGGAACAGGUCUGAACACCUCUGGUCUAAGGGACAUCACUACCUAUCACACUAUUUUCCUGCUAGCGAUUCUGGGUGCCAUGGCCCUGCUAGUGCUUAUUCUGCUGUGUUUGCUACUGUACUACUGCAGGAGGCGGUGUCUAAAACCUCGGCAGCAUCGCCGUAAUAUGUACCUCUCAUCUACUCUGGAGAGCUCAAAGAGAGACCAGGGCACAUCCACUUCCCACCUAAAUCUCAUCAGUGGUGGACACAUGGAGACAGCGUCCUCGGCCGCCGACCAUGAUGGCAUCAAAUCUGACCUUUCCUCCAACCGUGAUCUACACAGCUCUCGAGAGGACUUCUUCAGACAUGGCCCCACCCAGAGACAGCACAACUCCAGGAUAAACGCCGACACAAAGCGAGGAGAGAGCUUCCCAUUGAAGACCACUCGCUCCUCAAACACAGGAACUCGAGACCCGCUCCUGCAGGAUGACUAUAGCAAAGGUUACAGCUCUGCUGAGGACUCUGACGAGCGCAGAUAUCAUCACCAUAAUGCUAAAGACAACCAGGGCUAUUCAUCAGACCCACCGUCUCCACCUCCACUUUUGCCACCAUUUACUGGCCACUAUCAGGAUCACAGUCGGGACAGCAUGCCCCCAGGGUAUUAUGCACCGGCAGGGGAUCACCUCAGUCGGCCCAGUUCCGUAAACACCCAGCCUGGCCAGCUGAUCUUCUGUCAUUCUAUGGAGCAGAUGAAGGAGAGCAUGUACCACAGCAUGGUGCCCACGCUGGUCAUCCCUGCACAUUAUAUGCAUCUGUCCUCUGACCUGUCAGCUGUGGAGCAGGCAAUGGAAAGGCAGCAACAGCUGCAGCAUGAUAUGGAGGGCAUCCAGGUUAGCAUGACGCUGCCACGGCAACAGAGUCAACACCAAAAGCAACAACAACAGCAGCAGCAGGCCAGGCAAGAAAAGGAAGAGUCGUCGUCUAGCCAGCAAACAGAGGGACCUUCAGAGGAGAACUGGGGAUCGGAACAGUCCACUGCCCCCGUCCGUAUUCCUGUCCUUUUCAAUGACUCCACCAUUGCACAAAUGAAUGGAGAGCUGCAAGCGAUGACAGAGAAGAAGCUGCUGGAGCUUGGAGUAAAGCCACACCCUCGUGCCUGGUUCGUUUCCCUUGACGGACGUUCAAACUCUCUUGUUAGACACUCCUACAUUGAGCUAAGCAAUGAAGCCUUGCGUGCACCUGUGGGCCCCAGCAAUCUAGCCCAGGACCACUGUACUGAAGCACUCCCCAUGAGUUCAAGGAAAUCGACUCACCGGAAAGUAAAAGAGGAGGGCAGAGUGAAGGAGGGAGGUGAAAGAAAAGCUCAUGGAAAGAUUUAUUCCAAGCUUCCCGUUAUUGAAAGGCCAGACUCAAGUAGCGAGAGCCAUUCAGCUGUGUACUCACCUGAGGAGAACUCCACAGCGCUACUGCUUGACGAGACCUCUGAAUCCAGAGGAGGGACGUUCCCUCGUAAAGGCCACAGUCGGGAUAACGGCACCCGUAGUAGUGCCAGCGAGGUCCACAGAGACUCUGUCACCAGUCCUGAUGAUGUCAAUGAAGCCGACGACAAAGAUGAUGAUGGAGAGAAUAAGAAGAGCCCCUGGCAAAAGCGUGAAGAGAGGCCCCUCAUGGUGUUCAACGUCAAGUAACACAUGCUGUCCAGGACUGGUUAUGGCACCAUCUUGGCUAUACAUUUUGUUCUUAUAUAUGCUUGCUAGUGAUGAAGAUGCAGAGCUGGAAAAGAGUCGGAUGAAAAGCACAAUAAGAGACAUGGCACUUACCUGAGUGAUAGGCCAUAAUUCCAACCAUCAAGACUAGGUACCAAGAAUUAGCGCUGAAUGCCACGUGUAAAGAAGCAUCUGAAGUCCUCACACCCUUUUAGAUGUCCUUCAGAUGGUUUAAACAUCUGAUGUAGUUCUGGCAGCAGUUCAUGAGGCCAGAGGGAGCCAUAACUUUGAAUCUGCACUCUUCUCAAAGAGUUGUCUCGCUUUCCUUAAGUGACACCCAUUUUU